UGGUUGAAAAAGAAAAUUUUUUUAAGAGUUCAUUUUUAAUUAAGCAAUGAAGUUUACAUUCAAGAAAAGAAAGGGGGACUUCUAUAUAUACACAUAUUAGUUCACUUUGAAAUUAGACAUCGAUCGUUUAAUCAUAUUUCUCUGCGUUCCCAAGUCUCAAUCGUAGCAAUCAAACAUGCCUGAAAGCAAUACAGUGCAAAUUCCUUCUUCCGAUUAUCAACCCCAAAUCGUCUGUAAUCCUGACGGCACCUAUACGCGUCUUUUGCAAGUGCCAACCGUCCCUGCCUCGCCUGAUCCCAACCAGUCCACCUCAUCGGUCGUCUCCAAGGACAUACCUAUUAAUCCCAGUAAACAAACUUGGCUACGGAUAUAUCUUCCCCGCCGUGCGCUUGAUUCUUCCUCUACCGCACACAACCUUCCUCUCAUAGUUUACUAUCAUGGUGGAGGCUUUAUUUUGUUGAGUGCAGCUUCUUGUGUAACGCAUGAUUUUUGCUUAUUAAUGUCUGAACAACUCGACGCAGUUGUAAUCUCCGUUGAUUACCGCCUAGCGCCGGAACACCGUCUACCGGCAGCUUAUGAGGACGCCAUUGAAGCUCUGCACUGUAUCAGUACCAGCGAAGAAGACUGGUUGAGGAAAUUUACUGAUUUAUCGAGCUGUUUUUUGAUGGGCACUAGUGCAGGCGGUAAUAUUGCGUAUCAUGCAGGGCUACGAGCAUGUGAGCAAGUUGAGGAGUUGGAACCAUUGAAGAUCAAGGGCUUGAUACUGCACCAUCCAUACUUUGGAGGGUUAGAGAGAACCGGAUCGGAGCUGAAAAUGGUGAAGGACCCAAUUUUGCCGCUGUCUGGAAAUGAUCUCAUGUGGGAAUUGUCAUUGCCGGUGGGAGCAGACAGGGAUCAUGAAUAUUCUAAUCCAAUGGCUGGGCGUGGGUCAAACAUGUUUGAAGAUGUUCGGGCAAACGGAUUACGGAUUCUGGUGACGGGUUGCCACGGGGAUCCGUUGAUUGACAGGCAGGUGGAAUUUGCCAAUAUGCUGGAGGAGAAAGGAGUGCGAACUGUGGCUCACUUUGGUGAGGGUUGCCAUAGCGUGGAGUUAAUUGAGAUGUCUAAGGCUGACUCACUUUUUGUGGUUAUCAAGGAUUUCAUGUUUUGCUUUUAGUGGACUAUCUGCUCCAUUUGAAAAAGAAAAAAAAAUCAUCAAAUUGCUGAAGUAAUAUAUGCAAAAUAUAAAAUAAUAUAUAUAUUUUUAAAAAAAUGAAUAAAAUAACACUUAUUAUUUUUCAGAUCUAUAUAAAAUAACAAAGAUGUAUUUGUUUUAUAUAGAAAAAUGAAUCAAGUGUGACUUGUUAGCUUUUUAUUUUAUUUUAUUUUAUUUUUUUAUCUUUGUUCUAGAAGGCUCACUAGUUCUUAUCCCUCGUUUUUGACCAAAAGCUAUUCCUAAUAAAUGAGUAUUUUGC